AUGGAAGACAAAAUUGAAAAGGAAAACAAAGAAUAUAGCAAUUUAAAUGAUGAUGAAAUGGUUGAGGGAGUGGAAAAUGAAGAGAAGGAAAAUUUAUUGAUCGAAAAAAAUACGUUAUGGAGUGAUUUACAUAUUUCUAAGCCACUUUUAAAAGUUUUAUAUGAAUUAAAAUUUGAAAAUCCAACGCAUAUACAAAAAGAUGUUAUUCCAUUAGCAUUGGAAGGGAAAAGUAUUUUAGCUAACUCAGAAACAGGGUCAGGUAAAACAUUAGCAUUUGUAUUACCAAUGUUAGAAAGAUUAUUGUAUAGUCCAAAUAUAAAAAUGAGAAGAGAAAAUAGAAAAAGUGUAAAUAUAACAAAAGCAUUAAUACUUUUACCAACUAGGGAGCUUGCUAUGCAAUGUUAUGAUGUCAUAAAUAGUUUAAUAAAAUAUUCACCAAUAACUUGUUCUCUUUUUUGUGGUGGUAUAGAUCCAAAGGAACAAGAAAAUGAAUAUAAAAAAAAGAAAGAUAUAUUUGUAUGUACACCUGGUAGGAUUUUAGAUUUAUUAUUAAAUUCUUCUAAUGAUUUUAUAGAUUAUUUAGAAAUAGUGAUUUUUGAUGAAGCAGAUAAAUUAUUAGAAUUAGGUUUUAAAGAGGAGUGUUUAAAAAUAUUAGAUGUUUGUAAAUUUAAAAAACAGAUAUUAUUUUUUUCAGCAACAUUAACAAAAGAUAUAAAAGAGCUAGCUAGUUUUUCAUUACGUAAUCCUAUAUUUAUUCAAUCUGGAAGUAAAAACAAACAAACAAAUAAGAAUCUAAAAAGUUUUAAAAUAUCUGAAAAUUUACAUCAAGAAUUUUUAAAUAUUAUUAAUGAAAAAUAUAGAAAAGCAUCUCUUUUACAUUUAUGUAAUGAGGUAUAUAAAAGUAAUUGUAUAAUUUUUUUUAAGACAAGAAAGGAAACUCAUUUAAUGUAUAUAUUAUUAAAAUUACUUAAUUUUAAAUGUGAAGAAUUACAUGGUUUAAUGACACAAAAAAAGAGAAUUGAAUCUAUAUUAAAAUUUAAAAAUCAAGAGGUUGAUUUUUUAUUAUGUACUGAGUUAGCAUCAAGAGGAAUAGAUAUAGAUCAUGUAAAAUAUAUUAUUAAUUAUAGUUUACCUGCUAAUGUAGUGAAAUAUGUACAUAGGAUAGGUAGGACAGCAAGAAUAGGAAAAAAAGGAACAGCUUGUACUUUUUAUUUACCUAAAGAAAAAGAAAAUUUGAAAAAAAUAAUAAAAGGUGUAAAAAAAAAUAAUAAUUCAAAAAUAUAUAAAAGAGUUAUAUCAGAAGAAAAUAUAUUACAUUGGGAUAGUAUAAUAAAAAAAAAUAAAAAAAAAAUGGAAGAAAUUUUGGAGAAUGAAAAUGUUGAAAAAGAAAUCGAAAAAUCAGAUAUAUCUAUUAAUAAAAUAAAAAAUUUAAUUACAUUUAAAGAUGAAAUAUAUAAUAGACCUAAAAAAACAUGGUUUAUAUCAAGUAAAGAAAAAUCAAAAUUAAGAAAAAUGAAUUUCAAAAAUGAAGUAAUGAAAUCAAAAGGAUAUUUAAAUAAAGAUGGAAAAGAAAAAAUGGAAACCAAUAAACCAAAUGAAGAUAAUAAUAAUCGUAGUAAAAAGCAUAAUAAUAAUGAUAAAACAAAAAAGAAGAAUAAAAAGAAAAGAAAAUUAGAUGAAGAAGAGGAUGAUGAGGAUGAAGAACAAAAUAUGAAAAAAAAACUAAAAAGUUAUCGUUCAAUUAUAAGAGAUUUAAAGUUAAAUAUUUUACCAAAUAAAAAAGAUAAGAAUAGUAAAUUUGAAUUGAAUAAAAAAAAUGAGAAUGAUCAUAAGGGUGAUUUUAAAAUUCAUAAAAAUUUUAAUAAAAAUAAGGGUAAGAUAAAGAAAAGACGGAAAUAA